GCCGCUGCUCAAAACCAAGAUUAUAUUUGUGCCAUGGGAGAUGGCGGUGCUGCUGUUGGCUUUCGAUACGGAGCCACAACCCCAGCGACGGGGUACAAAGUGUGCGGUACACUUCUCCUCCGUUCAGCGGGAAAUCGAAAGAUUUCAACGAAUGGCUAAAUGAUUUCCGCAUGGCAGCUAAUGGCGCAAACCUGUUGGAACAAUUUGAAGAGAGCGGGAGCUUGGAGAUCCCCGUCAACAGCGGAAAGAGCAAGUUUUCGCUGUCACAGAAGCACCGGAGCGAGUAAGUAGAGCUCGCAUUCCACGCGUGGAACUUCCACGCGUUGAACGAAAAAGAUCGGAAAAUCAUGAAGAGGGCAGAGACGCCCCAGGGAGCUCUUCGUGAGCUCAAGACCAUACACGACCCUGAAUCAUCUGUACAUCCGUCAGAGGACCUCAAGUCCCUGACGUCGACCAAGAUCUCUAGAGGUGAAAACCCCCAAAACGCCCUCAAUGAGAUGCUCCAAACCGCAAAGUCCUUAACCGAGAAAGGACUAACUGUCAACGAAACGUUCGUCCUUCACCUCUUCCUGGAUGCCCUUUCGGACGAGUAUGCCAUGACAAAGCACAACCUGCGACACGCGAAGGAGUUGACGCGGACCGGUGUGCUAAAGGAAGUAAUGAUCGAAUACAAGGCGAUCAAGGACAAGCUGGAGCAGGGGAAAGGAAAAGGGGCGAAGGGCGCAGAGCAAGCGUACUUCGCCGACGGUGAGGGCCGCAGGGAGCGGUACUCAAGUAGGAGUCAGGGGCAAGGUCGUGGUCGUGGCGGCGGCCGUGGCCGCAGCAGCAGUCGUGGCCGCGGCGGAGGCGGUCGCGGCGGCGGCGGCGGCGGCGGUCGCGGCGGCCGCUCAGGCGGAUCCGGAGGAGUCGAGGAGAGCAAGGAAAGCAGCAGUGGAGGCGCCGAUGGCGGCGGAGGAGGGGACUAUAAGUUCCCGGGCCGGUGCUUUAGGUGUGGACAUCGUGGACAUCAAGCGAUCGGCUGCAUUACCAACGAGAAGGACUUCGUGCCGUGGUGUGCGCGCUGCGAGGGGUGGGGCCACACCAAAGAAAAGUGCGCGACGGAGGAGGCCGUCCUAGUGCAAGUGGUGGAGCAUGAGAGCGACGUGGACUCCGUGGAAGACCAGGCGUUUUGUGCCGUGGCAGUCCCCCCAGGCGAGUGUGGUACCGUUGGUGAAGUAGGUCUAGUGGGGGUUGUGGAACAAGGCCAGGCGGUGUACGUGGCCGACACAGCGGCCACGUGCUCCAUGUUCCGAUGUGCAGACAACUUCGUGAACUACCAUGAGCGGAGCGGUUGGGUGAAGGGGAUCGGAGGCGACAAGCCCCCCGUUCCUCUUCUAGGAUACGGAGAUAAACCUUAGUCCUACAGACGGAAGAUGGUGGAGUACCCGUACCAGUGCUGAAUGCUGCCCAUGUUCCAGAGGCCCCCUACAACCUCCUCUCGCUGUCUUCGUUGGCGGAGGAGGGCCACACGUAUUCGGGGAUGAAGGGGGGCUCACGCUGACCACGAAAGCCGGGGGGGAGGUGUGGUUCCCCCGUACUGGAAAGCUGCCGACCCAACGAGGCUACCAAAUAAAGCCAACGCUACACACCACUUGUGCCGCACUCAUUGUUCCUGGCGACGCGAAAGCAGCC